AUGACCGUCAAAGAUGUGGCACUACCGAAAUGGAAAGACCACUCGGUGUCUGUCUCCGACGACACUUUGUCCCCGAAAAUCGGUUGCUUGGGCCAGGUCAGGAGAAACAACAGAGUGAGUGGCUUCCCUACCUCUCAUAAACUCACCCUCACCACCAACCACAAUGCUAAAAGCAACAACAACAACGUCGAUUUAUCUGUCAAGUACUCCAAACUCAAGAAACUCUUCUCCAACAAAAACCUCGACAUGAUGGCUGCCACCACAACUGUCACCAACGUGGCCACCACUGCUAGCUGUGGAAGGAGGAGACAAGUGACCAUGAAUAGUGCAAGAGGGCUCAAGACUAAUCGUGGUGGAGAGAAAUGUGUUCCUAUCAGCAUCGAAGAUUUGGAUCCUCCAUUGCCGGUUAUCAAGAAGGAGCAAAAGCCAGAAGUGGAAAAUCUUUGGAAGAGGAGAUCUGGUGGGGUAGCACUGAAAACUUUACAGCUUCAAAAGAUUCAUCAUCCUAAGCAUUAUCUUCAACCUACCACUUUUUGUUAA